AUGGCGCCUCCAAUGCCAUCACAGCCCCAUGUACCUGCACCUAACGCUUUCGGACCCUGUGCGUCGACGGCCUCGCUGUUUUUAUAUGCCCAAGGGUCGGUUAUCUUAUGCCUGCAUCAUGAUACGCUUGCGAUCGAACGGAAGUUCGAAGGCCACGGCGAGGAUGUGAGUUUCAUAAGCGUGGAUAAUGUUAGUGAACGAGGUGCGGGGAGAUUGGUGGUCAGCUACGAUGUCGGACAGACGGCAAUUGUCUGGGAUUUGUUCACGGGAAAUGCAAUCGCACGGUUUGCCUCCUUCGAACAGCUACGGGUUGCAUCGUGGAUGCGAAAUGGGAAUGUGGUUUUUGGAAACGAAAAGGGUGAUGUGAUUCUCUUUGAACCGUCCACCUCUGAGAACAUAUCUUGCCGUACGAUCUUCGAUCCCAUUACUGCUUUAGCGCCGGGGUCCGAUUGUCGGACUUAUGCUAUUGGGGUCUGGAGCGUUGCAAAACCGCCCGGCAAGGAGCCACCACGAGUAAUUCGAGUUUUGAAGAGGUCGGAUACCUCCUCUUCUGAAGAGCCCAAGUGGAUGGCUUGGUCAAAGAACGGAAGAAUUGUUCAAUAUCUGGACGGUGAAACAUGGUCUUGGGACGUCAGGACAAAGCAUGUCACUUCGGAGCCGGUUCCUACAAUCGAAAAUCCUCGCGGGUUUGCUAGCUAUGGCUCGACAGCCACUCUAUUCACACUGGGUCCUCAGUAUACAGUGCAGCAGUAUGAUUUGGAAAAUCCAGCUAUGGUCGCCAAUGUACAACAUCUGCCUGCUGGGGUUGUUCCUGCGUCUUUGGAGGAGGCUAGAACGCGCUCCAUGUCACCUCGGACUCUGCAAGAGGCCCCUGAUAUGCGCGAGUCAGGUCCGCUAUUUGGAACCAGACGUGCUCCGUAUGACUCGAGUGGCAUUGAUGCUGUGCGACAACAACGUGCGGACCUCACUAGCCCUGCCUCCGCCCGCAGCCAUGCCAACUCAGUAAGCUCCAAGGCCUCCUCUGGCAAGUACAGAAUGAUGCCCUUUUCGCCACCCAGCAGAUCCGGUCAUACCGGUACCUCGUUCUCCAUGACUUCAGCCAGUGGCAGAGAGACCCCCCAGGCGUCUGGCGCGUCUUAUGCAUAUGCUUCGUCGGUGUCGAUGUCUUCAGUCAAAAGCUCGCGUGCUGGUGCUGGCUCUCGACUGAGAAACGAGGUUCAAUUGAGUCCUGCCGAUAAACCGAUCGACCUGUUUCCUUUCACCCGUGCACGCCUCAAUGACGUGCCGUACAGAGCACAUCGCCCACUUGAUGAAUCGCACUUGACCCCGGAUGACCUACGAAAGCAAAUGUUGAGCCUUGUGUUUGGCUGGGAGGGUGACAUUGAUGGACUGAUUAACGAUGAACUCAGCCGUCACACCCCCGGGAGUCCAAGCGCCAUUGUACUAGCACAGUGGCUUGGAGAAUCAGAUACCGACGAAAUGGUUUCUAUGCUUUCCUCGGGCCCUGCUUCUACCGCAGAUUGGAUGCUUUUAGCCUUCAGCCAGAUGAGUGGUGAGUCGCAGGCUAACAAAGUUGGACAGGCUUUUGUCCAAAAGCUACUGGAAAUUGGCGACGUGCAUACCUCGGCUACCGUUCUGCUCGGGCUUGGAGACAGAAACGAUGCCAUCGAGGUGUAUGUGUCGCAGAACUACUACAUGGAGGCAAUUUUGAUGGCCUGUCUUGUUACACCCACUGAUUGGCAACGUCAAUCCUUCUUAGUGAGGUGUUGGGGAGAGCAUGUUGUUUCCCACUCCCAACAGCAGCUUGCGAUCCGCUGUUUUAUGUGUACAGGAGUGGAACCUUCAGAACCUUGGACAUCGCCAGCUGCUCAACAGGCUGCUUCAUUCGCAGAAGUAAUUUCAAAGAGAUCUCCAAUGACAUCCCCGGAGCCACAAUUCCAAAACCCUGCGAAUCUGCUGGCUCCUCCCAACCCUCAACCCAAAGGCUCAGGGACUUUGCGGCAACCAGCCAAAACCCCAGCACUCAAGCUGAUCACGUCCUUCGACUCUCAACCAAACCAGAAAUUCCGAUUCCCUGGGCUCAAGUCUGAUGACCGGACACCGACCAAUGCUCCUGGAAUCACCCCAAUCGCCGAAUCUGCCGUCGCCGAAUCCGCCGUUUCGCCCGGAGGCUUUGGGUCUUACAAGAUGAAUAAUACUCAAAGUCUCAACAACGCCAUGAAUACUAGAACGGGAACACCAGGGUUCUCAAGACGACGACUCCCGUCUAUUGGAGAGACACCCGUGGAUGUGCACCCGCCAACAUUCCCCUCCAACGGCUUCAACAAGCCUGAGGACUAUAGUUCAACUUCGGAAAAUGACGAUCCUCAAGAUAAAGAACAGCCCAAGCAGAAAGGAACCCCGCUUAAUUUGCUGACUUCCGCGCGCUACGAUCCGGAUGAAAGCUAUAAGCCGAGUCCUCAGACCGCGGUUCAAGCAAGUUCAGACAAAUUCGCAGGCAUUAAGGGCCUUCCUUCCCCUUCUGUGGGUAUAUUCGAUGCCCUCCAAGAGCGAUCUCAUAGCCGAAUGGGAUCUCGAGAUCGGAAGCCGGACAGCUUGCAGCUCCAAUUGCUUCACGCGGACUCGUCCCAAGAAGACUUGCAUGAACAAUCGGAUCCGAUGAUGGGCAGUUUCAGGAGCCCGGCAUCCACUUUGAACGGCUACAGCUCUGCAAAGAGUCCAAGUGUCAGUGGUCGGAGCAUCGACCAGUAUAUAAGCAGUCUUGAUGAAGCAAACUACCAUGCAAGACGAACCCACGGCCACCGCUCCCAAGGCCGUGGUCGCCGGAAUACGGACGAUGCCGCGAGUCAGAGCUCUGCCCGACGGCAUCACUCUAGGAAUACCUCCCAAGAGACCAGGGGACGACAUGAAAACCGUUAUAUCCCUGCAGCCAAGCGCUCUCCCUCUUCUCCAGUUCCAAUGUCUCCAGAGGAGGUGGCUCAUUAUCACAAUAUCGAGAAAAAUGAGGAGAGCCACCGAAACAAGCUUGCAUCCAAAGCACGGAGCACAAGUCGAGUGAAGAAACCCCGAUCCAGGAAUUCUUCAGAGCGCCGCAACAACCGCUCUUCUAGUCGGCACACGGCUAGUCGCGUGGCCCUGGAGAAGAAUGAGCCUUCAAGAGGUCGCAGCAUGGACAGACCGAUGUCACGUCCGAGGUCUCCCUCUUCCCCGAUCCCGAUGUCCGUCACGGAUGACGCCUUGAGGCUGGUCACUAGUGAUAGAGAGCGACUCAGAGCUCAACAGCGAAGUAGUAGCCGUCGGCCAGAUAAAGGCACCGGCGCUACCAGCGACUCUUCCCCGGACACUAAACGCACAAGGGUGAGGUCUCGCAGCCGUCAAGGUCACGAGUCGAGACCACACACGCUUCAUGACCAAGAAGAGUCGAUGAUGGCUGGUCAAGGCAGUGAUGAACUUGUCUUAGAUCCUAAAUCCCAGGUGAUCGCAAGCAUGCUGUCUCCAGAACAGGCCAGGGAAAUACACUCAGCCACGGUGCCACCGACUGGACUCUCCGAACAGAGGAGGAAAGAGCUUGCCGCCGCAGAGCUGGAAGCACGACGCCUUUCGCUUGCGCGCAAUCCAUCGGCACCCAAUAUCCCAUUCCCGGGAGAGUUGCAACCCUCGCGGAGCGCAUUGGAGAGCCCACCUUUCUCGGUCAACUCUUUUGGACCCCGGACACCGGGACGGCGCAGAGUCUCAUCGGGCAAAGGAUCGCCCGAAUAUCCAAGUAGCUCUGAUUCCAAUUCGUCCCGAUCAGGCGGCCCGCCGGGAUUACCCUCAACUCCGAAGGCAAUGCGACACCCGAGGUAUAAUGGAUACGAGGAAACUGUGCCAUCAGUUCCGCCUGUGCCUGACAGUGCCACCCUUCUAACCGACCCGAAAUAUUUCAUGGGUGAGGCGGAGCGAAUCGGCCGGUCCAUGUCUGUGCCAGUGCCCGAAAACCAGCAGACAGGACCCGUGCCCACUGACCUGCCCACCCAUCCAAGAUUUAAUCCGCGUCUUCCCAGGAGUCGCUCAACCAGCAGAGGUCGAAAUGCGGGCCAUCGUCGGGGGGGCUCGCGGGAGAUGAGCGGGUCAGGUGGCUACAGCUACGGGGGUUCUCCCGUGACCAUCAGCAUCGAGGAAACUAUCGAGAACGCCAUGCAACAGAAGCAGGUCGAAAACCCACCCAUUCUACCAGAGCUGCAGCACCUGAACCCUCCUCCCCCGCCGCCACCCCCGUUCGUUCCGCUAUCGUCGGGCAGCGCAUCCCCGCGAGAGUCUUCCGGCACCAUUGAUAUUGCCAUUGACGAUAAUGAGAACAUGGGCAAAUUGCUCCCUCGUGCAAUGACCGCCGCUCCGGCGCUUAAUAUGGAGACACGACCAUCUCUCGAGCGCCGUAGAAUGUCCUUUGAUCACCGUCGCGGUCGAAGUGUGAACGAAAGCUUCACUUCCAAAAUCCGCAACUUGACCCGGAUGGGUAGCCGUGGACCCGAAUCCUGGGUGCCAGCUGGCGAGAUGCAGACACCUUACGAAAGCGUGCAAAUGGCUGAAAGUCGGGUGUAA